AAGGAAGAAGCUCGAAGAGAGAGAGAGAGAGAGAGAGAGAGGGAGAGGAAGCCGUCGGCGGAAGGAGAGAGUGGCAGAGAGGAAGAGUAGAGAGGAAAACAAAACUGCGAAGCGUGGCCGACGGAAGAAGAAAUAGGAGGGUGAUAACCGUGAAGGCUAGGCUGAAAGAUAGCUGAAUCGUCCAACGGAAGAUAUAACAUGGGUGUGAUACCAACGAGGAAAAGCUUGGCUUUGUGCGACAGGCUAUCAGUCUCAUCCUUUUGUAGACGAAGGCUAUCAACUGUUCUGGUGCACUUGAAGUUUGCAGAGCAUUUAAAAGAAGCUGUGACAUACAUCGAGCAGGGACAUAUUCGUGUGGGUCCAGACACUGUUACUGAUUCGGCAUUCCUUGUAACGAGGAACAUGGAAGACUUUAUUACAUGGGUAGACUCAUCAAAGAUAAAGAGGAAGGUGCUGGAGUACAACGACAAGUUGGAUGAUUAUGAUGCAAUGAACUGAGUGCAUAACCGAACCUCCUCCCCUUCCUAAUUUUGCCAGUUUUGAUUUUAUAUUUAACUUGGGGGCAUCCCUCCUGGAAUUACAGUGCAAAAGGAUGAAAUUUGAUUUAUAACGCCAUAUUUCAUAGUUUCUGUAACACAUAUAUUUAUACUUUUAAUUUUUUAGUGGCUCUCUUUGGUUGUUUC